CCGCCCAUCCUGUGCAUCUAUUAGCUAUGACGAAGGCCCAUUGCCUGAAACGUCACCUAUUAUAUGCUGUUCUUUUGAAGGCUACUGCGUUACUGGGCAAUGUGUUGAGUUUGUUCUGUUAUGUUGUCAUUGUUUCCCGAACACUGUCCGUGUGUGUGCGUGCGUGCCACGUGCGCGUCUGUUGUGGUUACCGGCGCGCCCGUGAUCAGAGGGCGCCUUCAGUUUGAUGGGCUGCCCAGAGCUGUUAUUGUUUAUGAGGUUCACUCGCUGUACUUCCCUUCACCUUCUUGACGUUCGUAGUCAUUUCUACAGUGCCACCUUCACAAGAGCGCUGGACAAACAUCGGUGAAGCCAUGCCCGGGCUGUGAGUGUCGGUGACUCGCCGUGGCUGGAAGCGCUGCAGCGGGCAGGACAGGACAGGCCGUAUCGAGGUAGCUGAUGUUCUGAGGAUUGAAAUCCACGGUGUUUGUCAGUUGUGCAGUCGUGAUCAUAACAAUAAUGAAGAUGUACCGCUCAAGACGAUGCAUUUACGUGUAGAUCUUCUUGAAUUGUGAGAUGAUCUUCCCAUGAUGUGUUCCAGUUUUUUGUAUUUUGGCAACCCUAGCCGGACGGUGGUGGCUCUGCGCGUGGCUUCCUCAAAUCCAGCGCUGUUGCGAUACUCGCUGCCAGUGGGUCGUCAAGGAGGAGUCGAACUUCGGUUCGCUAGGAGAUCGACGUACACAGCAACGUGCGGAGACGAAUGUCAUCUGUCCCCCUCUGUACGGGAUAGAGUGUUGCCCCCUUGCACGCCUGGGGUUUCCACGUGCAACCGGUUUCCUCGCGUGUGUAUGAGCGUUCAUUGAUUGGCUGAAAGCAUUUUAAUAUACAGAGGAGCAUAGAACUUGGGCAAUUGUUGGUCGCGCCAGCUCGCUGCCUGGCUGCUAUCUUGCCGCUCGUCUGGGAGAGAUGCAAUUUGCUUGAGUGAUGACGACGCUGCUGUGUAUGCCACUAAACAGUAGCAUUAUAUUACCUGUCUGCUUUGAAAUGUAUGAUUGCAUAGCUGGUGAGUAUCUAAAUUGCACUUAAUUUAAAUGUGUAAUACCAGUACAUUUGUAACAUGUAAUUGAAAUCUUAAACUACACGAGACGUGAUUAAUUGGUCAUUUAUAUCUAAUUACAUUUCCUCUGGUGAUUUGUCAUUUGAAUGUUGGAUAUAUUUGGCUCAGGUCUGCCGGCAGGCAUCUUUCUGAGAUGAUUCCCGCAUUGAAUUGUGUCUGCUUAGAAAGUCUGAAAACAUUGUACUGCACUUGUGUACUCAGGAACGCCACACUGAGUCCCAAGACUCAUUCUAUUUUUAUUGGGAUUUUCUGGCCAACGCCAAUUACAUUGCUGUGUUUUCAGCCAAAGCAGGAUAUCAGCUUGAGAAUAUACAUGUUCCACUCAGAAAGGUGCCCGAGUCAGGAAUCAAGUAUAAAUGCCACUCCUCUGCUACCCUGCCACGCUAAGAUAUAAUGUCAACACUGUGAAACGCUUGACGUAGCUCAUCCAGGUGAAAUAGGCCUUACUAAGAGCAACAUCCCCUCCUCCUCAAAACAAAUAAUAGCGUGGACGCACCCUCCUGAAAAAUAAUCUUAAGACUCAGCGAGGCUUUCCUGAGUGAACGAGCAUCAUCAUACUAACGACAACAACAAUGGUAGGGUCGACGCCGGCUGACGUCACAAUGGUAGGGUCGACGCCGCCUGACGUCACGCUGACCGUGCCGCUGCGCCGAAGCAGGAUGAACGCGCCCCCUCGUGCAGGCGGCCCCUCGCGCCGCGACGCGGGUGAAGGGUCACGGCGAGUUCCAGCCGACCCCGGAGAAGGCCCCGGAUGCGCGUACGAGGAGAGCGAAGCGACCCUGGUCGGGACUCUGGUCCUGGAGCAGCUUUUGCCCAUGGACCCUCCUCCUCCUCCUCCUCCUUACCAGGGACGAACGCCAGAGCAGAAGGAGAUGCAGAAGGAGAAGCAGGAGGUGAAGCAGGAGGAGAAGCAGGAGGAGAAGCAGGAGGUUGAGGAGAAGGAGGAAGGGGAGGAGAAGAUUGCGGAGGACCAGGGCGGCCAGGGUGUCGUGCAGACCUCGGACCCUCUCUUUGAGUUCAUGGCGUGCGUCAGCGGCCUGGAGGAGCCGUCGCCGGCCAGGGACAUCGCGCCCCGCGUGUGGAGGAACGUCUUCCCCGCGUCGCCCCCGCCACAGCCGCGGAGACGAACGCAGCCGCCCCCCGGCCAGCGCGAGCGGGGGCCCAGCCGGGAAGACGCCGAGCGCACGCGACCGCAGCGGCACAGUGAGGUGGCGGUCUAUGCAGGAGGGGACGGGCCCGCCGCUGACACCACGUGCCCCGGACUGGAGCAUAGCCCGGAGAUUCUGAGGGGGUCUCUCCAUUCAGCCCCCCCUGAAGCCCACAAGAUGCAGCAGCAGCAGCAACCACAACAGCAGCGGCACCACAAGCAGGGGAAGCAGCAACAGAAACAGCAAGAGAAGCACCACCAGAAGCAUGGGCGUCUGCACGAGCAGCAGCAGCAGAAGCUGGAGAAACAGAAGCAGCAGGAGCAGCAGAAGAAGAAGCAACAGCUACAGGAGAAGCAGCAGAAACAGAAGCAUGAGCAUCUGCACAGUCCUGAAUUGCAUAAGCAUGAACAGCAGCAGCUUGAGCAGCAGCGGCUGGAGCAUGAGCAGCAGCAGCAGAAGGAUGAGCAGCAGCAGAAGAGUGAGCAGCAGCAGCAGAAGGAUGAGCAGCAGCUAAAGCAGAAGCAGCAGCAGCUGGAGCAUGAGCAGCAGCAGAAGAGUGAGCAGCAGCAGCAGAAGGAUGAGCAGCAGCAACUAAAGCAGAAGCAGCAGCAGCUGGAGCAUGAGCAGCAGCAGAAGAGUGAGCAGCUGCAGAAGCAGGACCGUGGCAACCGCCCUCCGGAGCCAAGCGCUGGCUACAGGAUGGUGGAGGCGUCACGCAGGGCGCGGUGGGGGGCGACUGGCAUGGGAGCUGCAACCUGCCCGCUGUGACCACCUCCUCCUCCCACCUCCUCCUCCCACCCCCUCCUCCCACCUCCUCCUCCUCCCACCUCCUCCUCCUCCCACCUCAUCCUCCCAUAUUCUCCCACCUCAACCUCCCACCACCUCCCACCUCUUCCCACCUCCACCUCCUACCACCUCCUCCCACCUCCUCCUACCACCUCUCGACCACCAAGGAAAUUCAAAUGCAGGGCAGCGGUGCGGAGGAGCCGCCUCAAUUGGCGCUCAUCCGCGGCGGGGGCGUGAGGCGGCGCGGGAACCAGCGGCGGCCAGAAGAGGGGACGAGGAGGGGAGUAGUAGCCCACAGCUCGUGAUGCCGCUGAGGGCGAGCACCUGUUGGUGAACGCGCUUGUGUACGCACACGUGCGUGUGUACGCAUACGCACGUGUGUGUGUGUACGCACGCGUGUGUGCGCGUGUGUACGCACACGUGUUUGUGUGUGUUCAGUCUAAAUAGACAAAGAUCCCCAUUAUAGCCGCAAUAGACUGUGUGGGGCAAGUGCUGUUAGCGAGUAACACCAAUGAGGCCGGAAAAACACGCAAAAAAUGGGUGGCAAGUAUCAUGCCCGGCCGCCUUUGUCUUCCGAGUGGCGAUGUUUACACACCCCACGAGACACUAAUUUGAGGUCGAGUCUACCUAGGGGAGGCCCAGGACCGGUGCAGAUAAUCGUCACCGGUGUUGGUGGCCGUGAGCGGGAAUCGAAACUCGAAUUACCGAGUUAAUAGCGCAGUGCGCUAACCACUGCACCACCGCUCCCCCACCACCACCUGGGAGCGGCGGUGUCGUGGUUAAUGGGGGUGUUUGUCUUUGUCAGUCUGAAAGAAAAAAAUUCCUCGGGUGCUUACUGCGAAUGCCAUGGGCACGGUUGUGUCAAACCCGAUCGACUGGGCCUACGCUCUCUGCAGGGAAUUUGCUGUAGUAGAGUGCGGUGCGGUAUUGUGUUGUGUUCAACAAGAAUGAUUGAUUUGUUUUUUUUAUUUUAAUGUCACUUGAUUUCCGCGCACGAGGAGUCGCCGUUGAGAUUCGCUUCGUAGUGCGCGCGCGCCCUUCCCGAACAACCGCCCCCGUUUGUCGCGAGAACAGCCACAACAAAAACAACCCCGCGGCGUUAACUCCGCCACCACGAAAACAACCCCGCGCCAGUGGUGGAAUUCACGGUCGCCACGCCUGAAGCAAAACUUCGUGCCAAACGAGCGAGGGACCGCCGCUCCACGUCUCUGUCCGCUCUCCGGUGCCGUCACGCGGCGUGGGCCCGCACCUCGCGCUGCGUUGUCACGCGGCGGUGGGGGGGGGGGGUGACGCGAGAAAUCAAGGUGCGCGUUACCUUCGUGAUGGCACAAGAAACCCCCCCCCCCCCACCACGCCGUGAUGGUGUCGUGGUGCGAGAUGGGAUUGGAUUGAGGCCAAAAGCCAUUGCCUCCACACCGCCGACUCCCCGCACUCCAAAUGCCCCCCCCCCGCUGCCCCCUACUCAACUUCCUCAGUGUGGGCGCCAUACGACCGCAUCUCAUCUUUUACACGCACACCUGUACCUCAUUACCGCCGCUCGAUUUCUCUCGCUCUGGACCUUCCGCGCUCCUGGCGGGAGGCAGGAGGGGGGGGGGAGUUCUGUUUCUUGCCAGGGCCCUAAUCUGGAGCCCUGCGGCUCCGUCCCAUCCAUUCCCAUCCAGCGCAGCUGAGUCCAGCGGCCUCAUCCUCAACGCCACGCUGGUGACGCCCUCCAUCUCCCACCGACGUCUUUACAUUCGCGGCCACCGUGCCCGUGCGGAUGGGUUCGCGUGUUGAACAAAGUCCAACAAGCAGUAUGUUGGGCAGUUAGAAUGAUCGCUGAGCUGGCAUUGAUGUUCAAUGCCUCGGCAUUAUCAUCAUCAUCAUCGAUGAUCAGACUACUGUUGGAUGAAGGCCUCCCAAUGCCGUGAGGGUUGUUUGACCUACUGUUCAGGGCGCUGUCAGUGAAGAAGUAUGGGCUCAGGAUUGAUUCAUAAAUCACUCGCCAAUGAAGUUAGCCGCCGCCGGGAAUCCGACUCAGGUGGCCGGGCUCAUAGUGCAACGUACGAACCAUUGCGCCUCCACUCCACCUUGCGUCCUGCCCCCAGAAGUUGAGACUGAGGGUCUGGGCUCGCGUGCGCCGCACGCAGACUGUCAGCUUGAGACUCCAAUCUCGCCCUGCUGCAUGGCGGCCGUGAUGUGGCAGCACAGCAAACAGGUUCGUGAACUCAGCUGUGACGAUUGUUGAGUGUUUAUCGGCGUCAGAUCCCCGUGGGGUUUCUCCCGGACGCAGCAACACGCCCAGAACCGCGGCGUUGGCCAAACACCCACGUGAGACGGAGUCCAGAGACUCCGCGAGCCUCUCCUGGAUCAACAAACAAC